GUCCUCACCUUCGCUGACUGCUGCAGCAGCCUAGAUGCCGCCAGAGAGUGUUUCAGAGGUGUGAAUGGCUGGUUCAACUAUGACUUCUGCUGCCUGGAGCCCGCGCCGGAGCAUGAGAACUGCGACUGGAACUUCUUGCUGUCGCGAGUGGGUGAGGAUGUCCAACCCUUGGAAAACUACCCGGUGAUUCUCAGGGAGGUCUGCUGCAUUUAUCCUCAUCCGGGCUGCUGGGGCGAUGCUGAGGAUGAUGUAAUGGCACCCAUGUUUGCCGAGUGCUGCUUCCCCGGUCUCCGCCGGAGACUCCUGUAUCCACAGGAGGAUGAUGCCACAUGGCUUGAGGGUGACCUCGAUGAGGAGUUUGAGGCACUGGAGGGACUCCGAUGGUCCGAGGCAGACUUCGACGCUUUCGAGGAGGAGCUGCAGCAGUACCGCGAUGCCAAGCCCGGAGAGCUCGGGCUCCUGCCCUGCCGCGUCCGAGUGCGAGAUGGCAAGCUGAUUCCCUGCAACUACUCGCAGUGCCAGACGACAGUGGAUCCCAACAACGACUGCGCCUACGUCCGAGCAGUGGAAGUGGCGCUGCGCAUUAUCGGCACACACCUUCCCCUGCCGGAUCUCGACAUGUUCGUCAGCCCGACCAACAACGACGCAGGCAUCUCCUCCGUGCCGGUCUUCACACGGAGUCGGCCUCGGUCGCCGCGGGGGAAGUACAUUGCUUUGCCCUUUGAGUACCAACUCCAUCCCUGGCAAAGCCGCAAGGCCACCGCUACUCUGGCGAAGGUGGCCUCUAAACACCCGUGGGAAAAGCGCCUGGGGAAGCUUCUCUGGCGUGGCACGAACUCCAACCAUGUAGUUAACCACUGCUCGCUGAAGGAGGUCGCGGAAGGAACGGCUCCGUGGAGUCUCUGUGUUGAGGGCUGGCGAGAGGCCCUCCUUGGAAUUGGUGAUGAGGGCAUCAAGUGGCACACGUCCAGCUGGAAUUUCACCAAUUGGUACCAAACCCCAAGAGGUGUCUUGGUGUUGCUUUCACAGUAUAUUGCUGCGGUGGAUGCUAAGUGGACUGGGAUUUCACGGAACAUGGAGCCUGAGCUCUGGGAGUAUUUUGAGGCUGAGAACAUGACUGCACCUUCAGUGAAGUUCUGGGAGCAGUUGGCGUACAAGUACGGAAUAAAUAUCGAAGGCACUGGCAUUGGUGAUCGCAUCUACUGGCAGAUGCUGGGCGGUCAGGUAGUGCUGAACCACGAGACGCCCCAAGUCUCCUGGCUACUGGCGGAGCCCUCGGCGCCAACGCGGCGGGGCGCGCUCAAGCCCUACCAGCACUUCGUGCCACUGCGAUUCGACCUGGCAGAUCUUGUGGAUCGACUGGAGUGGUUGGAAAGGAACGACGAACUUGCAAGACGCAUCGCUGAAUCCUCGCAGAUGUUUGCAGAGAGACAUCUUGGCUACGACUCCAUCCUUUUCUAUUUCGACCGUGUGAUUCGCCGCUAUGCCUCCGAUCACCUCAAGUAG